UCCUCGUAUCUUUAUUCAACGGCGUUUGAAAUUAACUUCAAAGCUUAAACCAAGCAACAGAGCACCCAGAUACAGAGAUUUGACCAAUCAAAUCCACGUGCUGCGUACACAUAAAUAACAUCCUUCUAUUGAACUUGAACGUUUGAGUGAAGAACCUAUAAUCUUUCUGGCUUAGCUCGCUUACCACACCAUAUGGCUGUUCCUGUGGCCCUGUUACCUCGUUGGUCGCUGUUUCUUUUUCUCUUUGUCUUGUGUAGCUCAGGAGCAAAGGUUGUCACUGUUGAUGUACAUGCAGCCAAGAGUCUCAUCCAAACUGGCUCCAUUUAUCUUGAUGUUAGGACGGUGGAAGAGUUCCUGAAAGGGCAUGUGGCUGCGGCUAAUAUCGUUAACGUUCCAUACAUGUUGAAUACACCCAAGGGCAAGGUAAAGAAUCCAGACUUUCUGAAGGAGGUUUCAUCGGCUUGUAACAAAGAAGAUCAUCUCAUUGUGGGUUGUCAAAGUGGGGUGAGAUCUCUGUAUGCAACUACUGAUCUUCUGUCUCAUGGUUUUAAGAAUGUGAACGACAUGGGAGGAGGGUAUGUGGACUGGAUUAAAAACAAGUUUCCAGUGAAUAUACCACUAGCCAAGGAGGAGCUAUAAUAAGGAAUCGUUAGGACUAUUCAUAUUUCUUUCUAAAUGGUUUCAUCCGGAGAUACCACAUCCAUCUAUAUGUAUAUGUACAAUUUCAGAGUGUUCAUGAGUUCUACUUACGAAAUACUUUAUUUCAAACUGUGCGGUUAUGUUUCCAAUUAUACUUCAUUUUGUUAUUUUAUACGAGAAGAACGAAACUGGUUUCAUGUCAUGAUGUCAAGGUCGUUUUCAUUUAUUGUUUACAAAGUGUUGUGUCCAUUCU